UCAUUUACUCUAUAUAAUCCCUUCCUCCAUUCCAAACCCUACUGGUUCAGCUUCCCGCCAGCAGAUUGGCAGGUGGUGAUUUGGGAAUACAACCAGAGCUUCUUCGUCGGCAUCAAUGGCUCCAGCUAAAGCUGAUGUUGCAAAAAAGGCUGACCCAAAGUCACAAGCCGUGAAGGCUGCAAGGGCUUUGAAAUCUGGACCUAUUGUUAAGAAAGUUAAGAAGAUCAGAACCUCAGUUACAUUUCACCGCCCUAGGACAUUGAAAAAGGAGAGGAACCCUAAGUACCCUCGUGUUAGUGCUACUCCGAGGAACAAGCUUGAUCAUUAUCAGAUAUUGAAGUAUCCUCUGACCACUGAGUCUGCAAUGAAGAAGAUUGAAGACAACAACACUUUGGUCUUUAUUGUUGACAUACGUGCUGACAAAAAGAAAAUCAAGGAUGCCGUGAAGAAGAUGUACGACAUUCAGACCAAGAAAGUCAAUACCUUGAUCAGGCCCGAUGGUACCAAAAAGGCUUAUGUUAGGCUCACCCCUGACUACGAUGCUUUGGAUGUGGCAAACAAAAUUGGUAUCAUCUAAGGUAGUAGUAAAGCUCCAUUAAGAGGAAGAGAGUUCUGUGAGUUCGGACUCGGUUUUAGUUUUGAAGUUUUAACAACUUUUGAUACCCGAUUACCUGUCUCUCUUUUGUGGUUUUAACUGCAGUUCUGACCUAGUAGGCGUGAAAGUUUAAUAGAUUUUGGAACAUUAUUUGAUUGAGCAGUCAUUUUCAUAUGCAAUGACAUUUUACAUUUUAAGUAAUGGUUAAUGCCUAAAUGUGUUAUGAA